CAGCAGCGAGGCUGCGCGCGCCGCGGCAGGUGCGGGCGGGCAGGUGCGGCGCGGCGGGCCACUGCGCCCUGCAGAGGCAGCCUGUGGGUGCAGUCUCCUUCUUGCCGCUUCUGCUGUGGGCUCGAGAGGACAGCCCGUUCGCCAUGAACUGUGACCCUGCUGGCAUUCCCAGGUGGCCCCGUGUCCCUCACCCAGGACCUGCCAGCCUGGUUGCUUCUCCAUUUCUGAUGUACUUAGUCCUCAUGGAGCUACGUUUGUAACCAUGGCGACGCGGGUUGAAGUUGGCUCCAUCGCAUCCCUGAGGGCGGGGCCCAGCCUCAGUGACAUCAGCAGGGAGGAAACCCUGAAGAGGACCUAUUUUUGCCAGGCUGGGGACAUCCCUGGGGCUUCCUCCACCAGGACCCUAAAUGCAAAAAGCCCCCUGCAGGCCCGCUUGUUUCCUCUGCCCAUCGCUCCCAAGCCUUUCUGCAAGGAGCAGGUCCCCGAGAGGAAGGCCCCUGUCACAUCUUCAUGGUCUGGUACCGCCCAGCCCUGUCCUUCAGCUGAGACUGACAAGAAGGAAGCUAAAGAGGACGUGGGUAAAAGGGUGCCCAGCUUAGCUAGCCAGGAGGCAGACAGAGGGGAGGCCCUGCCUAACGGCCCACCUGUACCUAACAAAGCCACACUCCUGAGGCCUGGUCCCAGCACCAUGGGCCUCUUUGAAACGACCAAAGCUGGACCCAGCCUGGGCAAAGGACACAAUGAGGGGAGCCGGGAGGCCAGCUCCCGGACAACCCAGGCAUCUCCCUUAAGUGCCAGGCCUGAGGUGGCUGCCAAGCCUGCCCUUCCCCCUCGAAAGCCCCCAGUGACUCUGCCCCGACCAAUCUCCCUGUCACAGGACACUGGGUCCUCUGGAUCUCAGGGGGAGGCAGGCAGAGCCCAACCUUUGCCAAAGGCCCACAGUGUGGAGGACCCUGCUGGCCAGGCUCCAGAGGCCAAGCCUCACCUGAAGAGACGGCCUAUGUCAGCUGUGUUCUACGACAACCUGCAGACCCCAAAGCCAGGCCUGGGUGGAGUGGCUGUCAUGGGCAAAGUCCCUCCUACGCCUCCCGAGAAGACGUGGAUGAAGACACCCAGGCCUGCGUCUGUGGAUCUGACUGCCAUAUUUGAGAGCAGAGAGAUGUUGCUGAAAAAGGCGGCCAGUGAGCAGAAAGCAGCAGAGCGCCAGGGCCCAGAGAAGACCAGCAUGGAGCCUAGGGGCGAUGCAGAGGGUCCUGCCCGUGUGGACGCCACCCCUCAGGACCCUGACAUGGACUUCCAGGAGGUGGCCAAGAGGCUCCAUGCGCGGAGGGAGAAGACAGUUCUUAAGCAGAUAGAGGCAGACAGUCCUAGGACUCCAAGGGCCAGGGCCGCUUCUGCAAAUGAUCAGGGACCCCAGGAAGAGGAGCCCAGGCUAGACCAGCAAUCAGAAAAGGUGCAGGAGUCCACUUUGACCAGGUCAGGAAGAGGCCUGGGGCUGGCUGAGGUCAAGGGUGGAAGGUUUGACCAGGAGGCUUCGGCGUGGACAGAGAGGAAGUCUGUCAGGAAGCGCCUCAGUCAGUUUGGAGAAGACAGCCCUGUGGCCUUGGCGGUGGUGUCUGAGCCCCCCUCUGUGACUCCUGGGUCCCCAUCCAUAGUGCCAGAGUCUGAGAGAGCUGGUGUGAAUGUUCAGGCUCGAAUCAAAGGCUGGACUGUGGAGAGCACAGGGGAGAAGCCGGAGGUCAGGAGAAGGGUGUCCCAGGCUCGGCCAUUGCCUGCGGAUUUGACCAAACUGUUCUCCCGGUCGGCUUCCAGCAGUGAGGUCGGGUACGAGAGGUGUGCCAAGAUGGCUGGCGAGCUCCCUGGGGAGAGGAGAGAGAAGGAAAGGCAUGGUUUGGAUGGAGUGCCUGCCACAAAAAGCCCCUGGAAGUCUGGGGUACCCCAGAGGUCUAGGCAGACAGAAGUUAAAGAUGCCUCAGACCAGGAUGCUGACAGGCAUCAGUCUGCACGCUCCACAGGAGACCCAGGCUCUUCUGAAGCCAGUCCAGAAGAUGAUGGAAGCUUCCAGAAGGUGUGGGCCACAGUGUUUGAGCAUCACGUGGAGAGACACACAGUGGCUGAUCAGGCAGGCCCUUGUCACCCCGCUACACCCCCUUGUGAUGUACCUGACACACUAGAUCCCAAACCCAGGCCCGAGAAAGGCUAUUGGCUAGGGAAGGACCCUCCAGGCGUGAUGAACAAGAGAGACGGCUCCAGGUGGUCUGACCAUGCUGCCCCGGGAAUUCUGGGACGAGCUACCAUUGUGGAUGUGGAGCCGAGACAGUUUCGCAUGCCCGUCUCCGAGAUACACACCAAGGAAGAGAGGCACGGCCACUGUGCCCAGUGGCACCUAGAAAGUCCCACCGUGCCCCAGAGGGUCCAGUGUGCACACAGCGAAGCCGUGGCCAGGGUGCCCGAGGAGAAGGCGGUGACACUGCGUGGCGGCAGACCCCGGCUCUCACCGCAGGGCCGGCAGCUAUCCCAGGAGGCCAGCCCUGCUCACCUGGACUGUGCCCCGCAGGCUCACGGAGGUGCCGUCCAGAGAGCAAGUUUGAUAUGGGAAGGUCGGGUUCAGGAGGCCAGUGGGCUGAAGCGAGACUAUCAACAGCCACGGGACGUUGGAGGCGGUUGCCUAUCACCCAAAUGGACAGGAGGGGGCGUGGCAAGCUGGCACAGCGCUCCUGUGGUUAGCAAAGAUCUCAGUGCUCCCAAAAGGGUUCCAUCGUGGGAUGGCCCUAGAGAUCCUCCAUCCAGGGCCAACGUUGAGCCCUGUGACUCCCCAGUACCGGCCAGGCCAGACUCAUCGUCUCUGCAGAAAGGUCCCCACGUGGUUGCCAGUGAGGAUCACCCAAGGCUGGCCCAGGGGUCCCAGCCUGAGGUCAGAAUGCGGAGGUCCAACCCUUCUGAGCAGAGGGUGGACAGGUGGAGGCGGCGGACUCUGCCCCAUGACGUGAAGUUCGACACAUUCAGCCUCCUCACGCCGCCGGAGAGCACUUCCAAAGGGCAGCAGAGACCAGCCGGUGGCGCGACCUCUCCAACCUGUGCCUUAAAGAGACCUCCAUCAUCCCACCACCAGGCACAAACUCAGGAGUUGACACCAGGUGCCUCACAAGGCAGGACUUCCUCGGUGGAGAAGCUGGGGCCAUCUUCAGAGCCCACGGCAACAUUCUUCGCAGUGACUUAUCAGGUUCCGGAUAUUCAAAAGGCCAAGAGCGUGGUUAAGUCAGGGCCUGAAAAUGUGUUGGAACCCUCCAGAAAAACAGCUCCACCUCUGUCACCUCACUCUUUUGCAUCUACCUUGGCUUCUAGCCACGGAGAGCCAUGGGCUCCCACCGGCAGUAAGGGCUGCACUAAGGGGAGAGAACAUGAAGAAGCAAGGAGCCUUCCAAAACACCUGAAGGCCGCAGACCAGCCAUCAUCUGGGGACAAAGUCAUUGAUGUGGACGCUCUGUGGAUCCACCGAGGGUCAGAAGAUGGCACUGUGAAGGACAGCAGGAUCAGGGCAUCCUCAGGCAGGGAUGCUCCACAGACGUCCCCAGUCCUGAGGCGUCCCAAAAGUCUCCUGGUAAGGAGGAGGACUGAGGUCAUCAGCGAAACGUUCCCAGGGAAGGUGAGAGACGGCUACAGGUCUGGCGUUCUUGACAUUGAUGCCCUGAUGGCUGAGUACAAGGAGCAGUCAAGCAGAGCCCCCACCAAGGCCCAGGAGCAGAGAGACAGCCCUCCUACAGAGCCCAGCGGCUCCCCUCAGGAGAGAUCAGCUUGGCCCAAGGAGGCGGAGAGGGGAUGGAGGGCCCUGAAGGAGGCUCCCCCGUCAGACAGUGUUGGGAAACAAGCAGGAGGCUCUGUGAAAGCUCCCCACUCCCCUGGCCCCAGCAAGCAGCCAGCAGAGCCCCUAGGGGCAGCCACAGCCACCAAGCCUGGCCUGCCACUGUGGGCACCCCCAUACUCAGCUUCUGCAGAAAACUGUUUCUCAUCUUCUCCUGUCCCUGCUGGGUCCAGGAGAAAAUCCACAGGCAUCGCUGAGUUUGAAAGCAAGCCCUCCUACAGUGAGCACCAGGGGGCAAAAAAUAGGCAAGACCCAGUCAAGUCCCAGGAGCCAGGCAGCGGGGACAGAGUCUCCCUCAGGUCACCUCCCUCUGACCGGAAGAAAGAGACUCCAAAGAGAUCCACUGGUCAGGGAGUAGGGGCCAAUGGGGGGCAGUGGGGAAACCUCCCACAUGAUUCUGCUUGGUCGCCACUGGACAUCAAGAGGGCCUCUUCAGAGAAGGGCCCACCAGCCAGGGUCCGGGAAGGCCUGUCUGUCAUGCAGGAUGCCAGGCAGCGGAGACGAGAACAGCCCAGAGGGAAGCCGGACCUCCCCACCGAGACUCCCAAGGCCGAGGCAGGACCCCAUCAGAGGGACUCGAGGAAGCCGGAUGGCCAAAAGGUGCCUCUGCAGAACCUGGAGUGUGGGGAUGGUCUGCAGGACGGCCAGCAGCCUCUCCGGCAGGCGGCCCCCAGUGCCUCCACCCCCAGGCGAAGCCACAGCUUUUGCAAGGACAAGAGGAGCGGUCCCUUGGUGAACCAGCUGAAGCAGUGUUUCUCCAGGCGAGCACCCGAGGCCAAGGACACUGACACCCUCGUGCACGAAGCCGACAGCCAGUAUGGGACCUGGGCAGACCAGCACCAGAAUGGGGCCAGCUUUGGCCCUGAGUCCCCGUCUCCUGACAGCAGCGCUGCGUCUGCAGGACAGCAGCCCCCAGGCAGCCACUUGUCCUCGUACACGGAGUCCACAUCUGUGGAGCAGCGUGACAGCUCCAGGGACCGGCGCAGCUCCAGCGUGGACCGUUCCAGUUCUGAGCUGGAGUCCACAGAUGGCCCAGAGGGGCUGCCCGCGUCAGAGGUGUGCCCCGCAGAGGGAGAGGAUGACUUCUCCUUCAUCCAUCAAACCUCAGUCCUCGAUUCAAGUGCCCUCAAGACCCGGGUGCAGCUGAGCAAGCGAAGCCGUCGCCGGGCGCCCAUCUCCCACUCCCUGCGGCGCAGCCAGUUCAGCGAGUGCGAGGGCCGGUCCCCUUUGGAAGAGGAGCCGCACAGCAUGAGCAUGUGGAUGUUCAAGGACUCAACAGAGGAGAAGUCGCCCAGGAAGGAUGAGUCGGAUGAAGAGCCGCCUAGGGUGGAGAGGACUCCUGUCAGCCAUCCACAGAGGAUGCCAGUGUUCCCUGGCAUGGACCCAGCCGUGCUGAAGGCUCAGCUGCACAAGAGGCCAGAAGUGGAGAGUCCUGGCGAGUCUCCUAGCUGGACACCCCAGCCCAAGACCCCAAAGUCUCCCUUCCAGCCUGGGGCGCUGGGCAGUCGGGUGCUGCCUUCCAGCAUGGAGAGAGACGAGAGGUCGGAGGAGCCCUCCCCCCAGUGGUUAAAGGAGCUGAAAUCCAAGAAGAGGCAGAGCCUGUAUGAGAAUCAAGCUUGACCAGAUGGGACAUCACUACACCACAAACUCAAGCCUUAACCGUCUGAACCGGAGGCCAAGCCACCCACUCCUCCCUGGCCACGCUCAUGUGCCUGGGACUUUCCUCCCUGAAGACACUGUGCUGAGCCCCGUCCGAGUCACCACAGGAAGUUGCCGCCCCAGGACGCGCUCCAGUCCCCGGAUGGAUCUUCCAGCUCUCCUUGCAGAAGUGUCCAGGCCUGUGGAUCGGCCUGUAGUGUGACGGUGGCCUUCCUGCCCUCCGAGUACACCUUACAGGGUUCCCUCAGCUGGGGAGGUGGCUCUGGGCUCCUUCCCUUCAGGGAAGACUUUGACAAGCAAGCUUGAAUGGUUCCCAGAUGGCAAGGGUCACUGUCUCAGCAUUACACUGGUGUCUCCCGGGUUGGGUUUUGAUUUUUUUUUUUUUUUUUCUUUUUGACAGGCUCUUUUUUUCCCUCCCCACUAAGGCCCUAUAUGCAGAUUUGUAAGCACAGCUCCCUCAUUCUGUCUGUAGACCUGUCCUUCCCGUGGGGGCCACGGGCACAGUUGGCCUGUGUCCCACUGCUUCCGUGUUUGCUUUAGAAGGGGAUAAAGCAAUAAUGCAGCCAAUUUUCUUUGAAACUUGACAUGUGCAUAUGUUUCGGCGUUGACAGCAGGAGGGGAUGGACAGUGUCCGGUUGCCUCAGGUCACCUGAUUGCUGUCCAAGCCUAUGAGAGCUUGUGACUUUCACCCUUUGCCCAUGUCUGCCUCACUCUGAUUUCUGUGGGGCGGCCUUCGCCCCUCAGUCCCAAACAUUACGAACCUCAGUCUGAACGGUCUGUGCCUUGGCCGCUCAUACCAGACCUGCUCUGGGCGUCUUUCUUCCUGGUCUUUUCUGAAUACCUGUAUCCCGAUGGAGAGGACACCCAACUAAGUCAGAAUGGACACGGCCUCACCACGCCAUCCGUGACACAGCUGACCAGCUGAUUGUGGAGGUCCAUCUGGAUACUGAACUGCCUGACAGGCUCCUGUCGACGCUGGGCCAUGUGGUCUAAGUUGUCCUCGUCUGCGCGUCUCGAAGCUUCCGGACUCUGGCCACCCACUCUGUCUCAUUUUCUUCUCUCAAGCCCCAAUACCAGGCGGCACCCCAGACACGCCAGGCCAGCCGCCCGCGUGCCGCCAACUUCCAGAGACCCUUUUGCAACCUUGCCUUGGCAACAUGCUUGGCCAGUUCCAAGGUGGCCCAUGGCCGUGGAGGGCCCUGGGUUGGGUGUUCUGAUGGAUGCCUGCCUGGCACCUGUGCCCACUGCUGCCCUGACAUCCUCAGCAGCAAAGGUCAUUCUCUGUAAACCCAUCACCUGCAAAUGGUGUGGCGCUCUGCGUCUCCCACCCGGGACCACCUCUCUGCCUUCCCGCCUCUUCCUGUUCUCCCUUUUGGCAGGGUGUGGUGGGAAGGGAUGGAGUCUUUGGCUUCGCACAGCCGCAGUGCCUACGGGCUCCACCAAGGAGACCCUCAGGCCCACCGUACCCCACCUUGUGCGCUGGCUACUGACAGGAGCCAUGAUCUGUUCACACUCAUUCUCUUUCUUCCCCGAGGUAGUAGUGAAGCCCUCUGAAAUGAUUCAGUCUCCCCAAAGACGCCUCCAUAGUUCCUGUUUUUCUGUUUUGUUUUCAGAUCCAUUUUGUAUUCGGCAGCAAUUUUGACCCAGUGGUCUGCCAGGGACUUCCUUUAAAACACACUAGCAGGGUUGAGGGUGUGGCUCUGUGGGUGGAGCGUGUUUAUCCCACAGACGGAGGUCCUGGGUUCUGUCCCCCAAGGACCACAUCAAUCAGGUGUGGUGGUACACACCUGUGAUUUUAGCAUCCAGCUGGUAGGAGGAGGCAUGGAAGUUCAGGGCCAUCCUUGGCUACAUGAGAAAGCGGAGGCCCUUUCCCGUGUCCCCAGCUCAGAGUCAACACAGCAGAAUGAGCAGAGGCCCAUGCUCGGAUCCCCUGCUGAGCUGAGUGGCCCAUUUAGUCCCUUUUCUAAACCUGGCAAGGACCCUGUAUGCCUACUCCCUGGGUUUCCCCAGGACCCUCCUGUUAAAGGAACCUGAUAUGCCUUAGUUAUGUGUGCAGUUCAGACACCUCAUCACCCCAGCCCUCCCUCCUGGAGUCUCUGGCUGUCCGCAGAGCCCCACCUGGGCUCGGUCUGACCCUGUCUUUGCCCAUCAGCAUUUUGACAUCUGGCCUUUGGAUAAGUGCCCCACCCCCACCCCAACCCUCACCCUGUACAUAAGCAUUCUCCUCUAUAGUCCCUGGCCUCACACACAGAGGCCUUUGCCCUAUGAAAUCGCAUGGCACUAUGGUCAGUCCUCUGCUCCAGCAGAGAAACCAGGUGGUCCUGGGGAAUUGGGAACGUAAUGUAAAACUUAACCUGAUGCCUGGUUUGGGGAGGAUGCAGGGACAGACAGGGUGAGAGGGGUUUGUGUCCUUGGGGAGCAAGCCAAGGAUUCUGUCUAGACUCCUAUAGUGAGGCCAUCUUCGGGAAGCAGUUGCUAAAGCAAAGAAAGUUGGGAAUAGGCCUAGGUCCUCAAUCUUGGCCGCUGAGCAGGGAUUAGAAAAAUCCUAGUGUAGUCUUUGGAAAAUGAUUUCCUAUGAUUGGAAAAUCCUAGUUGAGGGAAACGCAGCCAGUCCUGGUGUGUGUGUGUGUGUGUGUGUGUGUGUGUGUGUGUAUGUGUGUGUGUGUGUGUGUCGUGGUGAGGGGGCUAAGGGCUGCCUUGUCAAUCCUGGCUUUACGAUCGCUCACCCUGGACCUAGGAUUGAUUGAAGAGUAAAAAGCCACCCCCACCCCUUGUUAAUAUUCAACCCUGGCAGAUCAUUUGGGUAACAGAAGCUGCACCCUCCAAGUGUGCCUUCGACCGCCAUGUCCUGGCAGGGGGCGUGUCUCCAAAUAUCCAGGUUCUUGACUCGAGAUGGAGGGAGUCCCAGGGGACUAGCAGGGCCCACGUGGCAUCUCUGAGGUUGCCUUGGCCUCAAUCUCCUCAGUGAGAGAGGACCCCCACUGACAUGCCAGGAAAGCCACGUUCCAGAAGCCUGGAGCCAUGUCAGAAGGAAGCAGGCAGGAGGACAUGACUUCACCUGCCCCUGUCCCUAUCCUGUGACCUCCAUUGCACCCCAGAGCGCCCCUGUGGCCCACACAGGGAGUGACACCUCACAGUCUGAAUCCUUUACCCCCCAAGAGUCUCCUUAAACUAUUAAUGUCACCUAUGCCCUGACAAUCCCUGGCAGCAUCGAGCCAGCUAAAAAUCUGCUAUCCUGUAGACGACAAUCUGUUUUUUGUGUCCCGUGUCGCCUUACAGAUUCUGUUAUAUGGGGCUCGCAGAGGUAACAUGUCGAUUUACAGAAAGCAUUUGUACCAAGUUGUUUCUUAUUCUGUUCUUGAGCGAUCAUGGUCCUUGACACGCUCUGUAUGCUGGGAUGGGAGAAUGGAAUUAUAUGUGAAUAUAGGAUAUAUUUUCCUAACUGUUCUUCCGUGUCCCGCCUGGGACGCUUGCGCCACGACAGGGAAGGACUCGAAAGGUGCCAGCCCUGGCUGCAGCAUUCUGACAACUGCCUUACCAAUCCACAAGCUGCGGGACUUCGGAAUGAAGGUGGACAGCGGGCACUGUAGCCGGUCCCAGGGAGGACCUAACGUCGUGACUGAGAAUACACCUAUAAAAACCUAUAUUUUUACUGUCAAAACAAAUGGGGCUUCCCGGGAUCCACAGUGACGGGAUGUCCCCUGCGCUUUUAUAUUUUGUCACCGUAAGAGGUUUUCCUGGCACAGACAAGCAGUUGGGAAUCCAGCUGACUGCACUAAAUGGGGUGAGCUCUGCAUGUACAAAGGGGGUGCACCCAGACUCCAAAAAUAGUAAAUAAAGCUUUUAUGUCAGUUG